AUGGCGUCGCGAUCGUCUGGGCCGGAGACGGUCGGCUCGUCCUCCACCCAGCAGCGCCCCGCCGCCUUAAGCGGGCGGCUCCGGUUCGGGAGACGUCCAUUAACGGAGAGACGGUCGAAGAGCAACUCGGCGUCGCCCGCGCGGAGGCAGAACGGGCGUUCCCAUAGCGACGGCUCAUCCUCCCGCAGCCCGUCGCCACGGCAACCCAUCCGAUCCGCCGUGGGCCGGCGCGGCGCGGCGCAGGCUGGCGUCGUCGUGAAACGCGAGCUGAAGCGCGAGCGAGGAGAGAGGUCAAGGUCACGCGAGCCGGCAGGAAGGUCAAGGUCACGCGAGCCCGCUGGGAGGUCAAGGUCAUCGCGCAAGUCGCUUAGCUACUCGCCCAUCCGCAGGACGUUCAGCGGGUCUCCCCUGAGGUUCGGUAAGCCGGACACGCUACCACCCCAGGAGAAGCGUCGCGCUACCAGCAGCUCUGUGAGUCCAGCGAGAGAAGAGAGGAGCGGGAGACGGGUGGCCUCGCACGACCCCAAACGCACGAACUCGAAGUCACAUUCCAGGAGCAGACCGAGGUCGAUUUCGAAGUCGAGGUCAAGGUCGUCGUCGGCGUCGAGCGCGGCGGUGGCGCCCCCUCGCGGCCGCUCGACGUCGUCGGACAGUUCGCGGUCGCCCUCGCCGCCGAAAGCAAGGUCAAGGUCACGGUCCCCGUCUCUCCCUAGGGCAAGGUCUCAGUCUCCGUCUCUGCCUAGAGCAAGGUCAAGGUCACGAUCCCCAUCUCUCCCCGGAGCAAGGUCACGGUCCCCGUCCCUUCCCGGAGCAAGGUCAAGGUCCCCGUCCCUCCCCAGAGCAAGGUCACGGUCCCCGUCCCUCCCCAGAGCAAGGUCAAGGUCACGGUCCCCGUCGCUCCAGAAAGCAAGGUCAGGAUCACGCUCGGCGUCACCGCCUAGAGUGAGGUCAAGGCCGCGUUCGCUGCCUAGAACGAGGUCAAGGUCGCGCGCGUCCACGAAGAGCCGCAGCCGCUCGCGGAGGCGCUCAAGGUCGUCGCCGCGGUCCUCGAGGUCGAGGUCAAGGUCAAGGUCGCGCAGCCGGUCAUCGCAGCGCCGCAGACGCGGCGGAUCGCCCGCGUACAGGAGCAAGCGUCGCGGCAGAAGGUCACGAAGCCGGAGUCAUCAUCGAGGGUCAAGGUCGGCCCGUCGUCGGUCAAGGUCGGCGCACCGCAGGUCGCGGUCACCGUCGUACGGCCGACGUCGCCGGUACUAGCGCCACCUGGCAACGGGGUCGCGCGCUCUAGCCGGGAGCGACGAGGAUCACGCGCGGGAGUUUUUGAUGACCUACUGGGAACAGGGAACCAACUCUUUCGAUACUGGUUCGAAAUGUGUCUGGAGUUUGUGUACGGAGCGUGAGCGCGCGCGACCCAUGGGCAGUGGGGGCUUUUCAUUCUUCUGAAACCCCGUUGUUGCAUGCGCGCAUUGAAAUCUUCAGCAGCAGCUACCCUGAUACGAGAUACUUUGUGGCUGUAACUACCCCUGAUACGAGAUACUUUUGUGGGUGUAGCUACCCCUGGUACGAGAUACUUUUGUGGGUGUAGCUACCCCUGGUACGAGAU